UAAGAAAGACACUAAGAAAAAAAAAACAUUAAAUAGACUUUUCCAUUAGCAAUGAGUUGUAAUGAUGUCUAACCACCAGACUGAGCACUCACAGCUCUCAGCUACAUAUUAUUAAUGUUCAUUGUCAGGGGGUGUUGCGUUUCCUAACUGACAUCAACACAAUCAAAUUUGCAUGGACUUCCUGAAGUUUCUGAAGUCUGUAGAUUUUCUUUCCAGGCCUAUUACCCAAGUGCAGUUGGACCUAUAUGCUGAAAUUAGAAGUUCUUAACAUAUGGAUUGCUUUUAAUUUCAAUAAGAAGCAAGAAGACUUCUUUGGUUAUCAUAACACUGGAGCAUAUUACUGUCAUUGGUGUCCUGCAGUUACCAAAAUGAUAAACCACUGGGUCCUUCUCUCAGCCUACAUUAUAACCUUCUUAAUCGGCCUACCAGCCAAUAUCCUGGCCAUUUAUGCCUUCAUCAGGAAGCUUAGCAAAAAACCCACACCCACAGACGUCCUCCUGCUGAACCUGACUCUCUCUGAUCUGCUGUUCUUGUUUUUCCUACCGAUGAAGAUGUAUGAGGCUGCAUCAGGCCUGCAGUGGCACCUUUCCCAGACCAUGUGCUCUAUCAUGUCAUUUGUCUUUUUCAGCACCAUCUACACCAGCUCUCUGUUGCUGAUGGCUGUUAGCAUUGACCGCUACUUGGGAGUGGCCUUCCCAGUGACCUACAUGAAAUUUCGCAAGCUUCUCUAUGCCAUCAUUGGCAGUAUUUUCAUCUGGCUGUUCAGUGGAGCACACUGCACACUUGUGUUUUUUGUCGUCCAUAUGGGCAAGGAGAACAGCACUCAACCCAAGACCACCUGCUACGAGAACUUCACCGAUGACCAGAAAAGCAUUGUACUUCCAGUGCGCCUGGAGUUUUUUGUGGUUCUUUGUUUGGUGCCCCUGGUUGUAUGUGUGUUCUGCUAUCUUAACUGCAUCUGGAUACUUUACCACAGGCCCCGCAUAACAAAGGAGAAGAAGCAGAGGGCCAUUGGAAUGGCAUUGGGCACCUUGAGCGUCUUCUUGAUUUGCUUUAUGCCCUACAACAUCUCUCAUCUGGUGGGCUUCAACACCAACAACAGCCCACCAUGGAGGUACUACACACUGCUCCUAAGCACCUUCAACACUUGCCUGGACCCCAUCAUCUUCUACUUCUCCUCAACCGUGUAUCGCAACACCACCAAAGUGUCCCUCUGGAGAGUUUUCUCAAUUAGGCGCCGUCUAGGCUUGAACACCCCUCCCAAUAUGAGUGUUGAGGGAGAUUCUAACUCUGACAAGGAAUUUGACCGUCACAAUAGUAACAACAGAAAAUAAAGAGAUUCUACAAGAUUGUACAAUGAUUGUGCAUCUUAAACAUUGAGCUUGAAUUAAAUAUUUUUGGCAAAUUCAUCAGGUGAGGCACAUCCUAAUAACUAAAAUGUACAAUGCUACCACAGACCUGUAGAGAAUAAGGUGUAUGAUGUGAGAGUUGUUGACAGUAGUUCUGGCUGCAAGGCGUAUCACAGGUUUAUAUUAUUGUGCAGGUUCUAGUACAUUAUAGUUCCUAUAGUAACAACAGACGCAGGGACUUGUAUGUUGGAUAAUCAGAUUUAAAAAUGUACCUUUGUUUUUAUGAUGACGUUUUCUGGGAGAUGUUUAUUUAGUAUUUUUUGAAGGAGUCUCCAGGACCAGAGCUUUGAAACAGUCAGAUGUCAAAAAAAAAAAAAAACAAUUCUGACACAGGGACGUUUUCAGGAAAGAUGUCUUUUCUAUAAGACCAGAAAAUUAUUUCACUUUACAAUGGGCUGCAUCACACACACAUGUAUAGCCACAUACAGUAGCUACUAUUUAUAUUGACCUCAAGACACUUCUUUUGGUGACUGAGGCUUGGUAAGCUGCGUCUACGCAGUUUGAAGAUGAAGAUCAAAUGGGGUCCAAUCAACUAUUCUUUCAAAAGGUUUAAAUUAGGUCAGAGGUCCAAAUUUAAUGUCUUGACUAUGUUGUUAUAAGUGCUUACCCAUUUUUCUAAUUAUUGAUGGGUUUCACCAAGGAAGACACUUCUGAAAGCAGCCAAUAUAUUUUUG